AUGGUAUUUCCAUACAGACGACCAGCUGAUUCGAAUGAUUCGAAUUCGAAUGUUUUUUUCAGGAAGAAUUCCAUUCGAUAAUGUCGGUUAUCCCGAAAUCUAUCGUUCAAUUAAUUGAUUCAUCAUCCGCAUCGAAAAUAAAAUUAAUAAUCCGUGCUAAACCUGGAGCGAAAAAAUCACAAAUAGUUAGUAUUGAUGAUGAUGCUAUCGGUGUACAGAUUGCUGCACCACCAAGAGAAGGAGCAGCAAAUGAAGAAUUGAUUGAUUAUUUUAGUCACGUUUUGGGUGUUAAAACAAGAUAUAUUUCAUUGGAUAUUGGUCAAAAAUCUCGAAAUAAAAUUUUAUUGAUUAAUUUUGAAACAACAACAAAAUCGAAUGAAGGUGGAAUGAAACAGAAGCAACAACAACAACAACCGAUGACAGCUGAAAAAAUAUUCGAAAUAUUAAAACAGGAUAUGGAUGGUUAGUUCAA